GACUCCAGUUUCGAAGACGAUCAGCUGGCUUCGAUGAGCACCGACGACAUCAUCAGGGCCUCUCGCCUCCUCGACAACGAGAUCCGAAUCCUCAAGCAGGAUGAGUUGCAGAGGACGAAUCUCGAGUUGGAAUCCUUCAAGGAAAAGAUAAAGGAGAACCAAGAAAAAAUCAAACUAAACAAGCAGCUUCCUUACCUCGUUGGUAACAUCGUCGAGAUUUUGGAGAUGAAUCCAGAAGAUGAGGCUGAGGAAGAUGGGGCAAAUAUUGAUCUAGACUCGCAAAGAAAGGGAAAAUGUGUGGUUCUAAAAACUUCUACACGACAAACUAUCUUCCUUCCUGUUGUUGGCUUAGUUGACCCUGAUAAGCUUAAACCUGGAGAUUUGGUUGGGGUUAACAAGGACAGCUACCUAAUCUUGGACACCCUUCCUUCUGAAUAUGACUCACGAGUGAAGGCAAUGGAGGUUGACGAAAAGCCAACUGAAGAUUAUAAUGAUAUUGGUGGUCUUGAAAAGCAGAUCCAAGAACUAGUUGAAGCAAUUGUGCUGCCAAUGA